AUGCCGACGCCGUCCAUGCCGCCGUCUACAACACGGGUGUCCACGCCGCCGUCCACGCCGACCAGCCCUUGGACGACUCGCGUUCCGUUGGUGGAGAGCACGGAUUGCGAGGCGUGGGAAGACUAUGUUCCGAAACCCCGGAACAAGGAGUCGUCCAAGGGCUGGCUCCGCAAAAUUGGCAGCUGGGUGGACAUCAGUGUCGUGCAAGUGGAAUCCGGCGACCUCGGCAUGAAAUUCCGAUUGUCGCCGGACGGAACGUUGGUGCUAGUGGCGCUCGGAUCCGUCGCCGACACCCUGGGCAUUGUGCCCGGUUUGGUGCUGCAGGGAUUCAAGGAGCACGGUUCAACGGGGUACAUCGACAGCGGGGUUCCCAUGCUGGACGACCCACAGGCCGUACUCCCAAGAGUUAUCGACUUUCGUUUUUCCACCACGGUCCUGCGAUAUCUCGAGCCAAGUAGUCCCCGUGCCCACCAAGCGCUACGUUGGAUGCACACACAACGCACCGCGGUCCAGAAGAUGCGGCGAAUGUUCAAGCAAUUGUAUCCCCAGGAAACCAACCUGGACGUCCUCUGUGCGACGCAGCAUGAAGCGAAGUUGUCCGUAGGUAAUCGUCGCCUACUGAAGCACGAAGUCGCUCAAUCGAGAAACACAAAGUCGAUCCUCAGUCGAGGGAUAAACCAAAAGUCAGUUGACUUUCUGCAAGUCGAUCUGUCGAUUUAA